AUGCCCUUCGCAAAAGGUGCAGAGCUCUUCACCUCAUACGGCCCCAAGGUGAACGAGGAGCUGCUGUUGGGCUACGGCUUUGUGCUGGACGGCAACAAGCAGGAGAACGUGCUGCUCUUCCGCACGCUGCUCGAUGCAGUGAACCUGGUCGCCCUCGUCCUGCAUCGCGACGCCGCCCGCCCCGGCGAGUGGGUGGCCAGCCCGGGCGGCUCGGGCUGGACUGCUGGGGCGGCAGGGGCGACAGGGGCAGCUGGGGUGGUGGGGAAGGGUGGCAAGGAAUGGGAGGGUGGGGGAGGUGGUGGUGUGGGUGUGAGUGAAGGGGCGAUCAGCAAAGGGGAUAGGGAGCUGAAGCAGGGCUUGGCGCGCAUAUGGGGAGGCGGGUUCGGUGACUGGCUGGUCAACGAGGGUGCGGAUGGGGAUAAGGAUGGUGAUGAUGAUGCUGAUGCUGAUGAUGAUGAUGAUGAUGAUGAUGAUGAUGAUGAUGAUGAUGAUGAUGAUGAUGAUGAUGAUGAUGAUGAUGAUGAUGAUGAUGAUGAUGAUGAUGAUGAUGAUGAUGAUGAUGAUGAUGAUGAUGAUGAUGAUGAUGAUGGUUAUGAUGACGGUUAUGAUGAUGUUUAUGAGGAGGAGGAGGAGGAUGAGGAGGAUGGGAAAGAUGAAGAAGAAGAAGCGGGGAGCAGGUGGGGCAAAAGCAAAGCACAGGGGCGAGGGAAGAAGCAGAAGAACAGCAACAAAGACAAGCACAAGAACAAGCACAAGAACAAGAGCAAGGGGAAGGGCAAGAGCGACAGCAGGCACGGAAAGCAGAAGCAGAAGAAGAGCAAGAAGCAGCAGCAGAAAGCAGACUCCCCAACAGCCAAGCUCCUGCGAGUGCGCCAGGCGCUCUGGCGAGUGGCAGCCAAGGCAGUAGAAGCAAUAGCCAGGGAGCGUGCUGAGGCAGAGAAGCAGUUUGUGCACGUGGGGGCCAUGCCGCAGUACCUGGCUUGGCAGGAGAUCAGGUGGGAGAGCGAGGCGGAUGAGCCGAAUCUCAUGGCUGUGUUUGCUGCUGUGUGGUACUACCUCAAGCACCACUCAGAGCCCCCAUCUGACAUGGCCAAGUCAGUGUUGUAUCUGGGCUGGGGGGUGUCCAACAGCGGUUGUCGCGACGUGGCCUCUCCCUUCUCCAAUGUGUUGCCCGCCCUGCAAGCAGCGGCCGACACCGUUCGUCUGCUAGCGCAGGCGCGGCUGCAGCAGAUGCCGACUAGCAUGGAAGAGGACGAAGCGAUCCUGAGGGAACUGGAGCGGUGCACGAGCAGCGGGAAGGUAGGGGCUGGUGUUGGGGAGGGGGUGAAGGGUGGGGUAAAGGUGGGGAAGGAAGGAAAGAAGAAGCCAGCACAUAGCAAGCAACAGCACAAGGAGAAGCUGCCGAGCCUGGAGGAGGAAGUUUCCGCGAAACGUCUCAGUCGGCGCCGGCGCCGGCGUGCCGUUAGCGAAGGGAGGAUUGUCGGUGACUACAGUAAUGAUGACAACAGCGAGAGUGACAACAACGAGGAGGAAGAGAUGGAUGCCGAUUUCAAGAGCAGUAGCGAGGAAGAGGAGGCGAUGGACUGUGACGCGUGGGAGCAAGAGCAGGCCAAUGGGGAGACCGAGGAGGAAGGCAGCGGGUCGGAGAGUGGGAACGGCGGCGGCAGCGGAGGUGGUAAUGGAGGUCCGAAGAGGCUGACAGUGAUGGGGGUGCGGUGUGGGUGUGAGGCGCAGAGGUCGGAGGCGGAUGAGCACAUGGUGGCGGUGCGAUUCAGGAAGGCCAAGAAGGCAGUGCUGAAAGAGGUGGUGGACCGACUGAAAAGGGGCGUGCCCUGCCUCUGCUACUGCUUUCCUCUAGCCUUGAGGCAUCUCAACAUGCGGUGUGGGUGUGAGGCGCUGAGGCCAGAGGCUGGUGAGAGGAUGGUGGCGGUGCGUUUCAGGAAGACCAAGUGA